AUGGCUGGGCCGACCGUAUACAAGCAUGUCGCCGAGGAAUUCGACUUCAGUUCUGGGACGGGGAUAUUUGCAGGCAAGAAGUUUUGGGUUGCGCAGCGCGUGCCGUCCCGCUCUCGGCUGCUGGACGACAUAAAGGCCAACGGUGGAGAGAUUGUACAACUGGAGAAGAUGGCAGAUUAUCGGAUCGCGGACCAUUUCAGACCCACUACCUGUGCACCAGGAACGAUAUCGUACACAUUCGUAGAGAAAUCUAUCAAAGAUGGAGAGCUUCAAGAUCCUGCAGACCACCGAGCGGGACCACCAUUAGGUGAGGCGCGUGAGCCUGCUUCUGUCUACCGACCCACAAAGAGUGGAAGGGCAGCGUAUACUGCAGAAGAGGACAGGAUACUCUACAAAUGGGUGCGCGAUGCCCAAGAGGCUGGUGUCCAAAUUGGUGGAAAUGAAAUAUACAUGCAGCUGGAAGCCAAGUACCCGCGACAUACAUGGCAGUCGUGGCGCGAUCGCUAUCAUAAGCAACUGAAGAAUCGUCCACCCUCCGCUUUCAACAUACCUGACAACGCUCCCCCGUCUCCGCCUUCCGAUCAAUCAAAAGAACGUAUGCCUCCUGCUCCAGCCUCCCCUAUGCGUACCAAACAGCAAACACCUAAACCAGAGCAGACUUCAAAUACGGAAAAUCCCAGUAGGAAAGGCAAAUCGAAAUCGAAAAGUGACUACAGCGUUGAAGAACUGGAGGGCAUGUUCACGGUAGACGACUGGUUAGAGCUGUAUGCUUUCGCAGAUCUCAUCGAUGAUUCGAAAGGAACGGAUGAAUACGGCACCCAUUGGGCUCAAUGGGCUGAAGCAAAGGGUGAACAGACUGCUGAGCAGUGGCAACAGUAUUAUGAGAAGGUGGUUUAUCCUCAAUGGUUGGUUGAUCCAGUUUCUAAAAGAGAGAAAAUCAAGAGGCAGGUGGAACGGCAACACGAUGAAGCACGCCCGAGUCAAAGUCAGCCGAGCAGUUCACAGUCGCCAGAGCUGGGGAGACCGAAUAAGCUGCCUUCUGCCAAAGACCAGCCAGUCACGAAAAACCCCCUGGAUUCUUUAAAGAACUCAGCAGACAUUGCGUCAGAAAUCAAGGUGCCGUCAUCAUCAACUGCCCAUCCGGAAUCUUCGAACUUUUACGAAGAUCGGAUGGAAAGGGUUACAAAGCGAUUGCGAGAGAACGAUUUCGCAGAGCAGGAAGAAGAGACGCGGCUAGCGCCUCCUACCAAACGGCGAAAGAGUGAAAGCGCAACGCCUACACGAGAGGAUUCAGUGGGACCAAAUAAAGAAGUCGGUACACAGCACCAGUCUGUCGAGAUAUCAUCUGCUGAGAGCUCUCAGUCGACUUCACAUUUAGAGGAUGCUGAAGAGCUGAUGCAAGAGCAUAUUCGAUCAGAAGCGCUCGAUUUAGGGGACGACGCUACUAUGGUCAAUUUGGAAGCCGACCCUGAAGAGAAAGAGGUGGAGAGCAUAGAAUCAGAUGACUUUCCGGACACUGAUCAAUUACAUCCACCUCCAGCAGAUAAUGUCGUCAGCGACAAUUUACCCUCAAACACACCCACACCACGUGCCGCGCGCCAGAAGGUGUCCUACUUCGACACUCAGGCCAUUCUCUCGCCGACACAAGACAGCUUGUCAAGACCACAUGACCACACCUACGGUAUAAAGCCUCAUCAAAGACAGCGGUCCUCAUCACCCUUCCAACAACUAGAAUCCGAUGCUUCCACGACCCAGUCCUUGGAAGAGUUCCGCCGUUCCCUCCAGGAAGAGGAAGGCCCCGACCAGACUCUUUACUCUCAGGCACCCCCACAACCACUCCGCCUAUCCUCAUCACCUGCCCCAUCUUCAGCGUCUUCAACAUCCACAGGCUCGGGAGACCCCGAUCCACCCCUUACAGGAGACGAGAUCGACGAGUUUUAUGAAGACCGAAACGAAGAGGGAUGGUCUAAUGAUUACAUCAGUAAAGCACUCAAACGUACGCGGAUGCGUCCAGAACUAGCAGUCAGAGUCCUUGAGGCAUGGAAAGACGGAAAUCCUCUGCCGAAAGCAAGAGGUAUCUGGAGCAUUGAAGACGAUGUCGCUGUGGAGAGUGGCGAUGGACUCGAGCUGGCGAAGCUAGCGAAGAAACAUUCGCUAGACGGAUGGGGCGGGAUCACGGAGAGGUUGUUAUUCCUGGAGGUUUAUCGGAGCUACAAUUAG